GAAUUAGUGGGUCAAAGGACAAAUACUAGGGAAAAUCCGAAGGUCAGGGCCAGGCGGUGAGACCAGUAUCUUCAGUCAUGAAGAACUUGGUUCAUGGAAUUAAGGAAAAGACACCUAUGGGUUUCUGCGAUGUCCCAAGAAAAAAUUUGUUGGACAUUUUACGUAAUAUGAAAAGCAUUUUUGCAAACGAAGCCAGAUACAAACCUCGUAAAACGAUCCACCAGGCUGCGAGUGAGGGUGAUAUAAAGAGACUGCAGAGAAUGAUAAACCUUGGGAAACACAGCGUGCAUGACAGAGACUUUAAGGAAAGGACUGCUCUGCAUUUCGCUUGUGUCUAUGGCUGGGAAGAAGUAGUAAGAGUUCUACUGAGAAAUAAUUGUGAUAUUGAUGCUGUUGACAGGAAUUCCAUCACACCUCUGAUGAAGGCUGUACAAAACUGGUCAUAUGGAUGCAUGUGUACAUUGUUGAAGCACGGUGCUAAUCCAAAUUGUAUGGACAAAAAUGGCAAUACUUCUCUUCACUAUGCUGUGUCUGAAAAUAAUCAGAAGAUGGCUGAAUAUUUGCUUACAUACAAUGCAGACAUGGAACAAAAGAACAAGGAUGGCUUUACACCACUUUUACUGGCUCUCAAGGAAAACAAAAUAGAGAUGGCAAAAUUUUUAGUAAAGAAGGGGGCAAAUAUACAUGUAUUUGAUAAGAUGAAAAGAAACACACUCUUAUAUGCCAUAAGAUGGGAUUCAACAGAUAUGGUCAGUCUACUUCUGGAUGAAGGCAUUGACUUUUUCUUUAAAGAUGUAUUUGGAUGGACUGCCUUACGCUAUGCUAUUGAAGGCACAAGAAAAGGUAGUCGAAAGAUUCUUAUGGACCAUGAAGUAAAGUUACAUAUUAAAAAUAAAGAUGGCAGUCCAGAAUACAAGAAUUCUGAAGACAAUUCAUUAGCCAAGGACCAUGAUGAUCCUACUUCUGGAUCCACCUUGCCUAAGUCAAGUGAGGAUGAUGAUGAUUUUGAUGACAAGUUAUGACUCUCUGAUAGUCUUUACAUGCUACAAGGGAAACUUACCUUGGGUGAGAACUGUACUCAUUGCCGAGUUCUCCUAAGCAUGCUCCUGCUAAAUGUCCUAGUAAUUUAUGUGCGGCUGGAGAUCAAAGAGACAAAAACGAAGCAAAAGGAACAGUGGAAGAAUCUGCAAAGAAAUAUCCAAACUUGAAGAACCUAAUGAAAUGAAUGACCUCGUUCCAAAUAAAUGCCUAGAAGUGAAGGAUAAAGGAACAUUAAACUCAGCAUAUGUUUAAGCUAUCCUGGCCCAAGGGUAUUUACUAUAGUAAAUCUGAAAAAUCUAGAAGAGCCAGAAACCAAGUAAACAUGGAGAAGCAAGAAGUGAAUAUACAGAUGAAAAAAGACAUUAAAAAUCUCAAAGGAAAUGAGAGUACUCAGUCAUAUGUAUGAUACCAUGAUAGAUCUUCACUUACCAGCACAACUAACUUCAAUUCCCAGGCGUCUUCUAAUUGAAGGAUGAAAAGAGGCCGAAUUACAAAAGAAAUCAGUGAAAAGUAAAAACAAUCUUGAGAACAAUAAAAAUACUCAACUAUCUAAUAACAUCAUGGAUCUGCAACCCAGGCAUAGUCCUCAUUCAUCAAUGGGACUAAGUCCAAGAUUCACAGAUCUUAAUUCAGGAGAAGCUAAGACUCAUACGUCAUCAUGGUAUUCGAAGAUGAUGAAAUUAUGUGUGAUGGAAGCAAAAUAACCAGCCACUGGUUGCAGCAAACAGGAAGAAACAUGCAAGCAAUGAAAAGGAAGAUGCAACACACUCCUACAGUCGUGCAGCAUCAUCUGCUGCUCCUGAAGUCUCUGAGGCUUCUGUUGUGGCUGCUACCGCUGCUGCAGCCACUGCUGCCCCUGCCGCUGUAGCUGAAGUUAACGCUGCUGCUGCUCCUGCUGCUGCUUCUGACGUUGUUGCUCCUGGUGCAGCACCGGACAGUUCUGCUGUUCCUGUUGCUGCUGCUGCUGGUGCUGGUGCUGCUGGUGCUGCUGGUGCUGCUGCUGCUGCUCUAGAUGCUGCCAUUGCUGUUCCUCCAGGUAUUCCUGUGUUAACUACUGCUGCUGUUACUGAUGAAGCCCUGGAUCCUCCUGAUGCUCCCAUUUGCUGCACCCACUGCUACAAAAAGUAGAUUGAUUCUACAAGGAAAGUAUGUGGAAGCGAGAAAGCAGCAAGCUCACGUUGAGGAGGCAGAAGAACAUGAUGUGUAAGACUAGAAAGAUUUAAAACUAGGUAUUGUUCCUGCCCGUUGAAUGAAUUCUACUUCUUGAUAAUUUUCAUGCCUGACUUGGUUUUACUAGGGAUAACCUUGAAUGGGAAGACAUCAAACAAACAAACAAAAAACCAAAAAAUAAUAAAUAACAAAAUUAGAUACCAUUGUGUCCCAUUAAUAUUGAUGCAUUUUGUUUAAAAGAUAAUAACUAAGGUUGUCAAAUGUGAGGCAAAACAAACUUGGAAACCAGUAUGUAUAUCAAUUUUGAGCCAUAAUAUAGCAGCAAUGAUUCACACAAUUCCAGCGUAUCACUGUUUUGAUUGAAAAAUUUCAUUUUGAGGAUGAGUUCUUUUAGAUUAGGAAAAUUUUGCUUUUAAACACAACCACACACAUUCUGAAAAACAAUAUUGUCUAUCAUAGGCAAAACAGAAAAGAUAUACAAGUAUGUGAUACAUAUUAUACACAGUUGAAGAAUAUUUAAUAUACAGAAUUUGAAUGCAUAUGUAGAUGUAUGUUCAAGAAACAAGGGUAUUUAUUUAAGCAUCAUCAGAUUAUAGCAUUACACUUAAAAUAACCAUCAGUAAGGAAUUAGAUUACCAAAUCCAUAUAAAAUGUAGUAUGUAAAUAUUUAAAAAAUGAGUUUCAAUCUGUACUGUACUCAUAAUUUUGCCAGUAAAAUAUUCCAGAGACAUGGAUUUUGAUAGAACAUCUCAAGCAAAUUUUGUUCUAAAACUACAUCUGGAGAGUUGCAAAAGGAAGCUGCUUGCUAGAAUGAAAUUCUACUUCCUAAUUAACAAAACUAUUAGUUGUUAAUCUGUUUUUUUUUUUUCUCAGUGCUCCUGUGUUGAUAAUUGAAACCCCAAAUUAGCCUUGCUGUUGCUGUGAGAAUUAUACCCAAGGAAAAUGUCAAUAAAUGUUUCUGUUAUCUGUUUUCUGUUGAUAUGCAGUGGCCUAAUUUUAGUUUGAAGUUUACUUUUCAUUUUUGAAAUUUUGAUUUUCACCAUUUUUACUCUUUGUCCAUGAGUUCCUUUACCAGUAUUUCAUGGAGACCUCAGAUCAUUGGAUGCACUUUUGUUAAUGCAGUAACCCAAUCUAGCUUUUAUUUAUUGGUGUGUUUGGCUUACUUAAAUGUAAAGUUAUUGUUGAAGAUCUUUAUUAAUAACUGAACAUUUAUUGCCUGA